UUUUUGUUUUUUGUGUUGUCGAUACACUCUCCGAGUGAUCGUUUGUGUUUUGCACCGCAUCAUCAAUCAACAUCCCAGAUUACCAGCUGACAUAACUCUAGCUAUCUCUUUACUUAGUCUUUUUUCUGUCUACGUUGAUUUCAUUUCAAAUUUCAAUAACGCGUUUCAUGAUAAGACUCCGAUAAAAUAUAAAGAAAAGAAAAGAAAUAACAAAUUAUGAUGGAGUGUAAUUGCUUCGGCAAUUCAGUUUUCACUUCAUCAAUGAUUAUGUUUUGAUCUGAUCACAUGGCAACGAUUGAAAACAAUAACACACCGUCUCUAUCCGGGUGAUAACCAGUGAUAAGGUGAUUGUGUGUCGUUGUCGUAUUCAGUCAACCAUACACACUGAUCAUGUGACACGAGCAAACAUUCAUUCACCUUUGUUGCAGAAAAUACAAAUUGCAAUUCUAAUUUGUGUCGUUAGACGUGCUCACGUUCAUUUAACAUUCGAAAAAGAUAUGGUUUCAGUGUGAUUUCAAUAUCACUUGAUUCGAUUCAUCGUCACUUUUUUUUCUGUUUUCUUGUUUGGUUUCGCUAUUGAAAUUCCCGAAACCGAACAAAAAAAAAACGGUUUUUGUUUCGCGUGUGUUGAUCAUGUGGAACAUUUAUUGAUUUGGUGUGGCAUUCUCGAAGCAACAUGUCUAAUCGGCACGUCAAUUUCGAAUGUGUGUUUGUGUGUGUGGUUUUUUUUGUCGCUUGCCGUCACUGUCGUUGAUGUCAUGCCACGUUUGAAUAUUGCAAUGAAUUCAACAAUUUCGUACUUAAAUAUCAGAGGGAUAUUGCAAUUUUUUUGACCAGAAAAAACACCAUCUUACGUCGUGACCGUAAAUUAUUUUACUGUAUAUUUAGAUGGUAGAGCUUGAACAAAAAUUCAACACUAUGCAUAAACUUGGAAAGAGCUUGAUAAACUUGAUGAAAUACAUAUAUUUUAUGGUCGUUGCAAUACCCCUAUGUUAAAUAUCAACCGAAUAAUGAUGGCUAGCUGGCUAGCUUGGUCGUUCAAUACUUUUUUUUCUAACGACAGACACUGAAAUUGCCAUUUUUCACAUACUGGUUUUUCAGCACACUCCUGCUUGUCAAUAUAGACUGCAAAUUUAUAGUAUUUCUAUGUUGAACUUUGUCAUAUAUUCAAGUUGAAUCUAUUUCGAAAGCCACACGACCGAGUCGGUCGGUAUCUAGAGGAACAACGAUUUAGACAAGAGAGAGAAUAGCUGCACACGGUCGAUUGAUUGCAGUGAUCUAAUUUUAUUUCAGUUCAAGCGAAAUAGAAGAAGAAAUGGCCACGUUUAGAAAGAAUCUGUCGAUCUCUUAUAGAAACAGAGAAAUAGAAAGUGAGAGAAACUGAGAAAAAUGGCGAUCAAAUGUGUCGAGCCUUUAUUUCGACAUGGUUCACACAAGAAUUUAAGAUAAAAAAAAUUUCUUUCGGAUUUCUCAAAAUUAAAGACUCAUAUUUUCUCUCUCUCAUAAAAAUCCGGGUUUUUCAUAACCACUUUAUCUGCGAUCGCUUCAAGUACGUAUGCAAUCGCUAUAUGUACUUAAUUUUUUUUACUUCACACUGCAUUGGUUUCUGUAUUCGAUAAAGAGCGUUUGAUUUGCGAGCGAAGACUGACCUUGAAUCAUUUUUUUUUCUUUCGCAAUUAUCGUGCGACAGAACACAACGUGUACACAGUACAACAACGAUGCUUAUACAUAUUAUAAUACAUGUUGGUUGGAUUGUUUUUUGUCUCGCAACAGCAGCAACACCAACGUCUGUUGUGUUGUCCAACUAAAGCGAGUGAACUAGAUAGAACAAGUUAAAAUGAACUAAAAUGAAAUGAAUUCCAAAUAUUUUCUACAAGAUUUUUCUUUCGAUGAAUUUUCUAACCCUCUCGUUAGCACACACACACACACACACGAACGCUUAGUUUCAAUAAGUCACUGAGAUAAAAGACAAAAAAAAACAUGGGUUUCAAUCACUGGUCUAAAUAAAGUCACAUGACGUAUAACUUAAAGAACAGAACAAAACGACGAGAAAAAACCUGUAGAUAUAACCUUUACCCAUCCUCAGAGAGUGCGCGCAUCUCAAAAAUUCAAUAAUAAGAUAGCUAGCUCUUCACAUAUUCGUGAUUGAAGUGUGAGUGUGAAUUAUAUCAAGUAAACAAAACCAUAAACGAAAAAGACGGUCCUUUUUCUCGUUGCAUUCAGAGUCGUUUCAAUUGUUGUUUCACUUUGCCACACCAUUGACAUCAAUUGGCGUGUAGUAGCAGAUAUUAGCUGUGAUAUCAAACGGUUUAAUUUGGAACGUACUGUGAUAUAUAUAUUCGAAUUUGGUUUGAAGUGUCGCAUAAAUUGCAUGUUUUAAAUUGUGGGCCUACUAGAGCAGCCAAUUCGUGAAAAUCAAAUCUGAUGAAUCAAUUUCAUUUGUAUCUAUAAAUAUUUAAUUUUGAAAAUAUUUGUAACUAAGUAAGGGCAGUAAAUUUUUAGUUUAAUUUUCAACAACAACAAUAAAUCACAUCAAAAAAAGAAGAUUACCAUUACACGAAACCGGAAACCAUAGAGAAGGCAACCACUUGUAUACAACACAGUUUUUUUUUUCAAUUUGAUCAGUAAAGAGUUUUUUUUUACGAAAAAAGAGCAAUUUUUUUAUCGACGGCUACUUCAAAUUUGCCAAAAUAUAUAUGGGUUAUAUAUGAAAUAACAAAGGGAACGAAGUUCAAACGCGUACAUUUUGAAACGGAAAAGCUUUAUCAACCUCUUUAAAACAGUUUUUUUUUUCAUCGUGCCAAAUUUUAUAAAACAGUCUUGUUCAAAUCACAUCGUCGUUUAACGUUGAGUUAAUCAAAGGAAUAGUUUCGAUUUGAAGAAGAGAACAUAAAAAAUCCGACAAAAAGAAGAACAUUAUUUUUGGUUCAAACCUAAAAAAAAAUUAUAGAAUAAAAAGAAAGAAAAAAGUUUGACAGCGAAAAGAGAAAUAGAAAAUACGUCGUAAUCAUGUCUGCUGAUCCAGAGAGCCAAUCUAUUUCAUCCGGACGCUCCUUCCCAAUGUGGUUGCGAACGAAAACGGACAACAAGUUUGAUUUCGAUAGUCAAGCAAUUUCGCCGCCGGCUCAUGAUGAAUCGUUUUUCUACAUUCGCUAUCCAGCUGGUGCAACGAGUAACGAUAAAAAACCGUCAGCCACAUCGAAUAGCAUCAAAUCCUCAAUAAGUGACGCAAUCACCAAACAACAAUUGGAUACCAAAAUCAAUCCAACGAAAGGUAGCUUGAUCGAAAAGAAGAAUAUGGUACAGCACACGGAACCGUGUAAAAAAUUCUUAAAUUCGAACGAGCGAGAGCUAAUCAUCGAUAACGUUAAACAUCCACCUAAACCUUUUGGUACCGACGACGGAUUCAAGGGAGCUGGCGCUGCUUGUGGCAGUUCUAUUGUAAAAGUUGCACAUCAGAUGGUUUCUGCUAAAUCCUUGGGUAGAGGAUUCGCCAUUGCAAAUACUCUGAGUAAAGAUUCCGAAGAAGUAUCAGCUGAACCGACAACAAGCAGCGAUCCGAUAACGAACAGUGAUUCGCCGCAUUACGAUCAAAUGUCUGCAUCGUCACGUUUUAUGGUACGUCGUGGAUCAAAAUCAUUGCCUGCAUCACCGCUUGGUUCACCAAAAACAAUGCGUCGAUCACAUAAUCCAUACUUUACUGGCACAUUUGCCAUUGUCAAUCAACAGCAGCAGCAGCAGCAAACGCAAACGAGCAAUAUUAAUGCGCCCGAUGGAUAUCGUGGAUGGUUUUUGUCCAGUUUAUUGGGUAUGCAACGUGAGAGUAUGUCAUCAACAACAUCUGUUGCAUCGUCACAUAUUAGCGAAGAAGGCGAAGAUUUGCAUUCGCAAUCGAAAUCAUCAUCAGCCGGUGCACCAAAAGUCAUCAAAGCCAAACCAUCCGAAUUGCGCGAAAUGAACUUUUGGUCUCCCACUUCAAUGUAAUUUCAUAUAUACACUUUGUAUACAACACAAUUCCCUUCCUCCUACCUUUCCCAUUCAUCCCUUGGCCUCUCCACCAUAAUCACACAAUAUACCUAACCCCAAAAUCAAUUUAAGUUUAAUCGUGAAGAAAAAAAAAACAAAAACUUUUUUUCAGAUCUUUAGCCAUUAAUUUUAUUUUGUGUUUGAUUCAGUUCUUCGUUUCGAUUUUGAUUUUUCAAUUAAUUCACAAAUACAUCAACCGUUUUUUUGUUUAUCGAGCAUUGUUAAUCGCAUUGAUUAGAAAAUGUAUUGUAAUUGUAUUCAUUGGAAAAAUAUUUGUACACAAAUUCGUAGGUAAAUGGAAUGAUAAGUGGCUGAUCAUGUUGAUGUCGAAUAGAUAACCAAUAGUUGUGUAACCCCGAGACACUUUGCCCGUUUAUCUAUCGAUGGUUCUGUGUUUGUGUUUUUGCUGGACGAGAUCUCAGUUUUUGAUAAAUUAACAAAGAAAAAAAAAACAACCCUUUGAACGAAGCACAUUCUCAGAACGGUGGAUUGGAUAGGCGAAUAAAAUGAUUCCCGGGUCGAAAGCAUAUGUUAGAUGAUUCUGUUAAGAAGUGUUCAACUUCAAUGUCGAAGUAAUGGACCAACAAUAUACAAUUCAAAUACAAUUCUAGUGUGUACUUGUUAGGUCAUUUGAUUUUUUUCGUUUUAUAUACGCCCCCCCCCCAAAAAAAAAACAAUAUUAACACAAUCUUCCAAUGCCCUACGACACACUAUCAUUUUAAUGGUGAAUUGUUAAGAUAAGCACACUCGAAAGAUAUUUCGGCAAAAAUAAGAACAAGAAAUACCAUCCAAUGACGUCGUGAAGAGCAAGAGAGAAAAAACAAUCGAAAGAAGAAAUUGAAUAAUCACGCUCAUUUAAUUUAUUAGCUUAAUGAUAACAUUAAAUUACUGAUUGAAUAAUUUUCUUUUUUUUUCUCAUUGCAAAAUUCUUUGAUCACACAAUUAUUUCUUUAUCAUCGUAAAUGCGGAUUUGUUUUCUCAUUCACGCACACACAUACAUAAUCGACCAUCACAAUUAUGUUGUAUGCGAAUUAUGUUAGAUCAACGCGAAAAAAAAUCAGCAGAGAACAAAUUUUUCGGUUUAAGUAUCCAGUUUUAAUUAUAUUAUUGGACAAGAAUAUUACUUACACAAUUGUUUUAUAUAUAAAUGAGAUAUUCUCUUAAAAUUAACCUUGAUUUUGUGUUUUUCUUCUCUCGAAAAUUUUCUUACGUUUUUUUUUCUUUCAAAAUUCCAGUUCAUCUUACGUUCUUUUGUUUAUCUCAUUAGUUUCGUUUUGUUAAUCGUACAUGAGAAGAAAAAAAAAACAAUCGAUUACCAACGAAACAAAUAAAAACUUCAGAUUAAAAUGAAAACAAUAAUGACGGAAUAACAAUUUUGCUUAUCACGUGAUGCCAUUCCAUUCAAGCGUCAUCAGAAAAUUACCGAAUGAGUUUCAUUGACAAAAAUUUUACGUAAAAUUUGAUAAGGCUCAUUUGUUAUUAUCAUUUCUUUUCGGGCGUUUUCAAGAGACUGGAGCAAAUCGGGUCACACAUAUACAGAGCUAUUUUAUUAAAAACACACAUUUUUAGAGUUUCAGGAUUUUAUCUUUCGAUAAGUUUUCUUUUCCUUCAUUUAUUUCGAAUUUUUCCAAAUUCGAUAAUUUUUCAGCACAAUUUUGAGAGAAAAAAUUUGGCCCUGCGCUCAUGAGCUAAAAACAUGAAUCGUGUUGAUAACACACUGUCUCUUGACAACAAUUUGUUUACCGCUAAAAGUAUACUAUUAAUGGGAAGCAGUGCUAUCGAGAAAAUACUUUGUGCGAUAUUCAUAUGUGUUUCAAUCAUGGAAUGUUUUCCAAAGAAUUUUCCUAUAUGCCUACGAUGUACAGAUAGACUGUCUUGAUGAAAAUGAACUCUUUGGACAAAAUCAGAAUUUGAUUUUUUUUUUAAAUCUGGUUUUUGACUUCACCAAUUUUUUUUAACAUCAAGUUCAUUUAAUUAAAUUCAUUUUCAUUGAAAAGGUGUCACAUCUGAUUAUAGCCAAUUAUCAUUAGCUAUGGCUAAUGAAAUGUCUCUAAAGAGUUGAAACUGUGAAUCAAGAAUCUUGAUUCUUAUUUCAAGAUAUCGGUUGAAUAUUGAAUCGAGACGAAUGCUGUAUUCCACAUCAAGGCAAAUUUCAGAUCUUCCUAGAGAUCUUUGCAUCAAUUAAGUGUUGAAACACAACAUCAGAUCGAAUUCAUAUUCGCCUUCUUAGUUCUGAUCAAAUUCUCCUCUCUUGAAUACUUGGAAGAUCACUUCGCAAUGUACUUUUUCUACAAAGUUUAUUCUGUUGCAUCGUUUUCGAUUUUUUACUUCGGUUUAACAUUUGCUCUAAUUUUCGUUCCAUUUGAUCUGAUUUGAUUUAAUUUCCAUUAAUUUUUCCUUCGCUCUUCAAUUCACCGUUUGAUUAUUAUUAAAAUUUUUAUUCUUUAUUCAAUUUAGAAAAAUUUCGUUUUUCCUCUUAUUUUUACUAAAAUAUUGUGUUGAUAAGCUAUAUUCAAUCAGUGUAACCAAAUAGAAUUAGUAAAAAUUGCAAUUGGUAGAUAAAAAAAAGUUCAUUUAGAAAUUAAAUCAAUUGACGCUUGCAUGUCGAGUAAUCAAUAACAAACCCAUUUUAAUUCUGGCAAUUAAAUUGGACCAUUUUUUUUAUUAAAUGCUAAUUUUAAGGAUUAGGCAAAUUUAUUUGGCUAAACAUUUCAUUCUACUAUGUAAUAUCUUCAUUUACAUUCUUACAGAUGGAAUAAAAUUUUGUUUGAAAAA